AAAGUAUUUUGUAAAUUUGCUCCUGCAGUCCUGUCCAUUUACCUAAAGGUUUUUGGAGAGUCAGCGGAAAGGAGAAGCGCGCUUGGAGAAGCGGCGCCUCCAGCCUGCGUCUCCUGCCUGCUGUCAGCCUGCCUGCCCAGUCCGGCUAUGCAAACAAGACUAAUUGGCGGUGCAGUCUAUUUUACGAGGGCACAGCUUGAAGCUUCCAAUCCUAGCAGACGUGAGGGUACCGAUGCCGUUGCUGAAGCCAGAUGGCGCUCCACCACCUCAAAGCUUGUCAAGACGGCUAUCAAAACUCUCAAGCUACCCGACUGGGUCUACGAGACCUCGAUGAACUACAUAAACCGCUUCUUCCUCACGCGUUCCAUCGGCAAGAACGACCGGCACCUGGUGGUCGGUGGCGCGGUUCUACUGGCCUCGAAAGUGCAGGAGAGUCCUCGCCCAGUCCAGGACGUCGCGUAUGUCCUGCUGCAGCUUAAGCAUGCCAACAAGCAGAAGCCGCAGCUUGGCCCGGACCAGACCACGUUGGAGCAGUUCAUAGAGGGAGUCAUGCUGGCCGAGCAGGCCAUUCUCUUCUCCUUGAACUUCAAUCUCAAUGUUGAGACGCACGUCAGCCUUGCGCGACGUCUCCUCGAGCCGCUCGAUUUGUGGGCCAAGGCAAAUCCAGCACCCGAGGAGAUUGAGGCCAACCAGCUGAAACUGAGUCUGUACGGGGCGGUAAUGUUCUUCCUCAACGACAGCGCUUUAACGAACUUGUCGCUUCAGUAUCCAAAUUCCAAAAUAGCACCGGUUGCGCUAAUCAUGGCUGCCAAGCGCAUAGCUGCUGCACGUUACAUUGGAAAGGAAAUCCCCUCAGCUUUGCAGCGGGUGCUAGCGCUUGCCAACGAUGCUGCAUGGUUCGAAUCCAAGGGCCUGAGCCUCGAGGCCGCUGCCGGUAUUGAGGCACAGAUCAACGAGCUGUACGCCACUGCACCAGCGCAGCCUCCAGUGCAGCAGCGGCAGCCGCAGGGCCAAGCAAGUCAGCCUCCGCACGCCACCGCGGCAGCAUUAGCUGGUGCGGUAGCCGGCGGCACCCCUGGCGCUCUCUCACCGUCGCCACGGCAGAAGGUGUUGCCACUGCAGCACCCUCUUCGCGGUGGCAAGCGCGUUAGUGAUGGCGAUGAAUGCACUGGUGGUGAGCAGCAGGCCACCUCGGAGCUGCAGACAGUACCUGAGCAGCAGCAACCGGAGGCAGACGUGGAUGGGCAACGCUGUGCACCCGGGUCUGGUCCGUGCCCAGUGUUCAACGGGCUGGAGGAUUCUGCAAAUGAGAACUGUAGCCCGAACGGUCUCACCACUGGCAACGCGUCGGGUAGUGGAUGUGGCGCCGCGGAAGGUCAGCCGGAGGUAUGUAGCCGAACCGAUGCCCAGAUACAACCGCUGCAAUCGCAGCCCACGCAGCCGCAGCCUUCCUUAGAUAUUCCCAGCUUUGAAAGCAGCCAGCCGCAAUCGCAGCCUUACCAAUGCGGCAAACGUAUCAGGGAAGACGGCAUAACUACCGAGCUUGCAGGUAGCAUUACCGCUGGUAUGGGAGUACUUGCGCCGCCUGGCAAAGUGCGGCGAUUGGAGGACAGCAAACCGGUAUCACUUCUGCACGGUCCCUAGGAGCGUGCUUUGGCAGGGAGACGAACUGCUACGUUGAUCUUGCAAGAUUCCACUCGUCAACCCAGUUAUACGCGAAAUAGCGUUUUGGGGAUGCAUGCUGAGUUGUUAGAUGAGGCAAUGCGCACAGAUGUCGUGGCGUUUGGUGUGCGCCUAGAUAAGUGUGCCCUGCCGAGUCCAUCGGUAAAGCAUCGGUAAAGCUUCUGAAUCUGAUCUUGCUGUUUGCUACUAGGCAUACAUGUGCUCGGGCUUGUGGCUGUGUGACAAUCCUGUCGAAAGGCUUUGGCAUAGCACUCCAUUGUCCUACAGCCAACGCUUAUAAGCGUGAAGUCACGCCUAAAAUGUCGAAAAAAAUCAGCCCCCGGACCGCUAGAGCGUAGAAAGCUCAGGUCUGUCGGCGUGCCUUGAAUGACCCACGGAAUUACGCCAGGUGGAGAGCGGGCUUUGCGUUAGCAACCAGUUCUUUGGGCGUUACCUUGGGUUGGUGCUACCUCGGGAGACAAAGUGGUCGGACAUGUAUUCUGUUCGUUGCGGCCCUUGGCGCACGCUUCCUCGCUUGGACGGCGCGGAACGUGUUGGCGUGCGGUUAGGGCCAUGCAGGCUGAGUCGUAUCUUAAUCGCAUCGUGUCGUUCUGUUCUUUAUUGUGUUUCUUAAUGAUGGACCGGACUAGUGAAACAAAUGAAGUAGCUGGAUGACGCGUCCAGCUGUCCGCAUGUGGCCUGGUAGACCUCCAGGCCUUGCGUGCGUUUGGAACGAACGUAAUGGCCUGACCCAGUUGCCCGUAGGAGACGGGUUGGAGUGAGAUAAGCUGCUACGGCUGCAUAGUUUCGGGUUAGUCGGGCUUGUGCUCCAGUCUUCGACGUUGCCAUCUUGCAAGAAUCAAGCCGUUAGAGUAAGAGAUGGGUUUGUGUGCAGUGUGUAGGGUGACGAGUAAGUAUGCUAGUACUGGGACUGAGUGGACUGGAUUGUGUCCAUUGUUCGCUCAGUUAGCGCUAACCCAAAUAUGAUCCGAGGUUUAAUCCUGGAACAAAAGAAUUGUUUCCUUGUGUUAAAGCUGGCAGGGAAGCAAGUUGUGGGGGCUACAGCUAUGCGUUUAAUCCUUGAUAUUUUUUCAAUGGUGUGCAUAAAAAUGUGUUUAAAUGUUGAAUUGUUUAGUGCAAUGGAGAUGAGCUGUGACAACGGCUUGUGGCGAACAUGGUAUUGGAUUUUGGCUUGGCUUGCACUUAGUCAUUAUGACUUAUGCAUAACUUUUCGGUCGUGACGAUAAAGGUUGCAACCGCCAGCUUUGUUGCUGUACCCAAGUCGUUCAUUACACAUGGCAUCCCACCAAUUUUCGUACCUGACUGGUGUACAAGACGGGGAUCUGUAACGGUCAAAAUCGG